AUGGUUCAAAUUGGUGUUGUUCUUGUGGCUAAAGUUGUUAUCUCUAAUUCACUGGAAAGUUCAUUGCCUAUUCUGAACCUAUUAAAAAGCCUAGUCAAACACCCUUACUCUUUGCUAUUCUGCUCUACGAGUUCAUCAGCAUCGCCUCUGCUAUUUCCCCUUUUGCUCAUUUCAUCAGCAUCAGCACAGGGACUGGCAACUUUUCUCUCAUCAAAGAUCUGCCCACCUCCUAUUUUCAAUUCAAUCAAUAAAAUCACACCAGAAAACCAAAAUAAACACAAACCACAGUUCACCUGUCACAUUGUUUGUAAAGACACAUGGUGUAACAACAGGCGGCAUGUCUUAGCAAAUUUCAGUGUUUCAAUCUUAGCAUUCAACUAUGGAUUGCCACUAGCUUGGGAAUCAAAUGUGCAAGAGGAGAAAGAUGAAAGCUUAGUAGGGGCAUUUAAGUCAUUAUUUGACCCUAAUGAGAAGACAAAAUCCGGGAAAGUGUUGCCAAAGGCGUACUUAAAUUCAGCACGAGAAGUAGUGAAGACUUUAAGGGAAUCAUUAAAUGAAGAUCCGAAUGACAUGGCAAAAUUUAGACGCACUGCAGAUGCAGCUAAGGCAUCCAUACACGAGUAUCUAGGCAGUUGGAGGGGAGAGAAAACAGUAAUAAAUGAGGAAUCAUAUGUUGUGAUUGUGAAAGCAAUUAGAGCACUGGCAAGUUUCUACUCAAAGGCGGGCCCAUCUGCUCCACUUCCAGAAUCAGUCAAGUCAGAAAUCAUGAGCAAUCUUGAUACCGCAGACAAGUUUUUGUGAGCCUUCAUUUUGGGUCUUACAAGUACAACAAUUUAACAAUUUAGCACAACGUACUUUUCUCAUUUUAUCAAUUUAGUCAUGUUAUGUAUCUAUUUUUUUGUAGUGAUAUAAAAAAUUUC